AUGGCCAUGGCAUCCAUGUGGGGCCGUGUGGCGGGGAUCGCGCUGGUGCUGCUGUGCUUCUUUGCCGUGGACGUGAGCGCAAAGAAACCGGCUUAUGAAAAAGUCCGCUUCGAUGACAUCCAGGCGCUGACCUUUUUCCGAGGCAAGGAGACGCUCGCGCGCCGGACGCAUCCCAUCCCGCAGCUGCGGUGCGAAGGCGAGCUGUGCUCCAAGUUCCAGCCGCGGGUCGUGCAGUGCGUCAGUCGCGGCGACGCACAGUGGAAGUGCGAGGCUGAACUGCCGAACUGGGCGAGCUUGGGCGCCGUAAAGGUGUCAUGCGAAGGCUGGGACCGUGCAGACGACAAGUACGUCCUGCGUGGAUCCUGCGGCCUGCGCUACGAGCUUGUCUCGUCUGCAAACAGCAGUGGGUCAGACUGGGCGUCGACGCUCUUCCUGAUUGUCUUUUGGGCUUUCUUCGGCUACAUUGUUCUGUGCUGCCUCUACGCCAUCUUUGGGCCGCGCCCGGAUACGCUCGGAAGCGCGCCAGGGCAAGGGCCGGAUGCACCUCCGCCGCCGUACCCCGGACAAGGCAAGCCCGACUCGUGGCGCCCUGGCUUCUGGUCGGGCAUGGGGCUCGGCGCGAUCGCUGCGCGCCUCUUUGGCCCUGGACGCCAACGCACGGCCUACCCAUACGGCCCGUCUUAUGGAACCAUGCCGCCGUCAGGUGCUCAAGACUACUAUUACGGACAUAACCACGCCGCCGACGUCCCGUCGUCUUCCACGACGCACAGCAGUGCUGGAUUCGGCGGCACAGAAAACCGCUAA